GUGUCGUAACAGCCAACGACAUCGAUCUUCAGCUUCGGGUUUCCUCCACGGCGCCAGAGGUCGUCCUCUCGGAGCUCCGUCCUUUCACCUGGCCUCAAUGAACCGCCAUCGCCUCUCUACCUCCAGCCUUCCCUCCGACAUUCCUACGUUUUGGGUGUCUGCUGUGGACCCCACUCUAUCGUUCAGGAUUAGGCAGUUGGACGUGCCAACUUUGGACGCCGCCAAGUGGGCACUGUGGUGGCACGCUUAUGUGGCGCUCAACUUCUUCCUCCUCAAAGUUGUUUUCCACUGGGCGGGACCUGCUGACAAGAGUGAGGAGGACGAGAUCUCGGAUGAUGAGCCGAAGUUAUUGAUUGUCCAGGCGUGGAGGACGGAUACGGAGGGUGAGCUUCUGGGGAUCCUGUUCGGGGAAGUACGUGACAGCCACCUGGAUUCGAUCACAUACGAAGUGCUGGUGUUCUUGACCCAACUGGUGCACGACCUACCUUUGGACAUCCUCUCGCGCUGCGACGAAAGGCCCGGGACUGCCACACUCGCCCGUGCCUUGGCCCCCCAUCUCCUGUGGUCUACGUGCACAAAGCUCGUCGGAGAUCAUUACUGCUAUCCCUCCGAGGGCGCUUACCUGGUCAUCAACGUCACUGAUCUCUCCUUCUGGGAUCCUCUCAUCCGGCGAGUGAACGUAGGAGAGACCAGCGAGGAAGCCGAAGAGGAAGAAAAGGAAGCAGUCGAGGAAGAGAUCGAGGAGGACGACCAUCUUCAGUACAAGGAAGGAGAGGAAACACCAGAAGAAGAAGAAUCGGAGGCUGAGUCGGACGAUCCCGAUUAUCACGACUCGAAGGAUGUCGGGUCAGAAGAGGCCAGCUCGGAAUGGAAGGAGACUGAGGAAGAAGAGGCCGGAUCGGGUGAGUCGAGCGAUCCUGACAAACUAAGCAGGGAAGAGAGAAAGGUCGUGCCACAGAGGAAACGAACAGCGGCAGAAGGUAAGCGGCCGAUUGAGGAAUCAAGAGGGCCACCGCCGCAAUUGCUACAAGGCGAUCCGACGCUCAAUCCGAAACUGCCACAAGAAGAGGCCAAGAGAAAUGGAGGUGCCACGACAGAGGGAUCGGGAGGCCGACGUCGCCGAAGAAGUGAAUCCCCGAACCAAUCCCCUCCCCGGCCAAACCUUCGCCUACGUCGAGAUGCGGGCACUCGGGCUUCGUGCCCGGUCGUUAUCCCGUCGUCCCCAUGACUUCCUCAGUCUUCUGCAGCUCGUAGGCCGACCCCCAUUCCUUGAUGGAUGGCACCCCUUCCCGCCUUCCCCCUUCCACCGCCUCUACUCCACUGAGUCCACUCGCCUCCUGAUCACAAUCUUCCCACGCG